AUGGCAGCGGCUGGUUGUGACAUCAGCGCCAUUUUGCUUGAGUGUUGUGAUGGAAGCAGCGAGAAAAUCAGAAUCCGACGGAAAAACACCGAAAAUCAGACGCGAAUCAGACAAAAUCAGACCAGAGGGAGCCGAUUCGGCGAAUCAGACCGAGUCGCGUCGAGAAUCGCACAGAAUCUGGACGGAAGUCGUUCGGAGUCGGAGCGAUCUGCGAUAACAGCAGCAUCCAUGAUGAUUUAUGGGCUGAUUCCUCAGGAGUUACACGCGCAGCUCCUGGACCUCCAGAACUAUCAGAAGCGGACCAGCGGCGUGGAGGAGCUGAAGAACCUCCUCCUGGAGCUGGAUCUCCAGCAGGUCUCCUCCGGCAGCAUCGUGGAGUUCAUCCAGUUCUUACGCAAGCUCCUGGACGACAGCAACUUCAAGGUGUUGUACGGCGCGCUGCAGCUCAUCAACCUGCUGAUCGAGAAGCUGGAGUGUGAUGUGGAGCGCUAUUAUAAGGAGAUCGUGGGCGUGACGGUGCGAGCGCUGGGCGACUCGCGGAACGUGACGCGGCACGAGUACAUGAGCGUCUUCAGGCAGCUGAUGAGGAUGGUGGGGCCGCAGAAGGUUCUGGAUCUGGUGGUGGCUCAGCUCAAGCACAGGAACUCUAGGGUUCGAGAGGACGUCAUCAACAUCAUCACGGCCGCCAUGCUCACGCACCCGCGCAAGGACUUCGACAUCUCCGGCUUGUGCGCUGAAGCGGCGCCGGCGCUCGCCGACAGCAAGAAGAAGGUGCGUCACGCGGCUCUGGAGCUCUUCGCCGUCUUCGACUACUGUCUGGACACGGGUAAGAAGCAGCCGCUCAUGAAGGCCGUGGAUCGAGUGGAGCUCGCCGGAGACGCCGAGGGCCUCAUGGCUGCUGUACAGGCGCGGCGUGCGCGGCACAUACUCCCUCGACUGUCCCCUGACGGCACGGUAGAGUAUGCUCUGGUUCUUCCCAGACCGGGACAGAGACGGCCGCCUCAGCUGGGCUCCGGGGCCGAUCUGGACUGGGUUCUGAACGGAGGCCGGGUUCACAGCUCUCGCUCAGACGUGGAUCUGACGGAUAACACGCCUCAGCAGAGGAGGAUGGUGAGCGCUGGGAAGAACAAACUGCCCUGGGAGAGAUCGGCCCUCUCUGUGGAGCUUCAGACCAAUGGAAGGUCACCUGAUCAGGUGAGCGAUGACAUCAGCAUCAUCACACACACACCUGAGAUCUCUAAAAGUUUCUCAGGCUUUGAAACGCUCAAACUCUGCUGUCUCUCAAUCAGCUGCACAUCUUCUGUAUUGAGUGUUUGGCUUUCUUCCACAGGUUUGCCCAAGACGAGUCGUUUCCCGUCGGGCGGCGCUGAGCGAACGUUCUCCCUCCCGACUAGCUCCACACCUCCGGGCUCGUUUCUGCUGCCCUCGUACCCGCUGACUGCCCUAACAGGGAGUCUGCUGACCCCGACCUUACCGCGCAGAAACCACGCUGACCCCUCGCUGUCCAUGUCCAACACGUGGCCCAACAAACGUGACUUCAGCCCUCACCGCAGGAGCGACAUCGCUGUACUUGUUUUUAUGUUUGUCACAUUGUCAUUUUUCCUUGAACUGAAGGUAUUGAGUGUUUGGCUUUCUUCCACAGGUUUGCCCAAGACGAGUCGUUUCCCGUCGGGCGGCGCUGAGCGAACGUUCUCCCUCCCGACUAGCUCCACACCUCCGGGCUCGUUUCUGCUGCCCUCGUACCCGCUGACUGCCCUAACAGGGAGUCUGCUGACCCCGACCUUACCGCGCAGAAACCACGCUGACCCCUCGCUGUCCAUGUCCAACACGUGGCCCAACAAACGUGACUUCAGCCCUCACCGCAGGAGCGACAUCGCUGGUGAGGUGAGCUGCAGUAAACGCUCUCCGCUGCCUCCAUCCGUCCGGCAGAGCCCAAACACCAGCAGACAGACGGACAAACACCUGGACAGAAACCUGCACCUGGAUCUGUCGGUCAGCAGCGGCGCAGGAGAGCCCGAGGACGAGCCGCUGGACCGCGAGGAGAUGCUGAACUCCUUGCGCUCGUUGAGGAACAGCGCUGCUAAGAAGCGGGCCAAAGUCAGCGUGAGCAGCUCUGAGCCGGAUCCAGACAGUCCAGACUCGGCGGUGAAGCUGGAGCUGGUUCCUGAUUCUCCGGAGCAGACGUCUCCAUCCGUCACCAGCCCUCUGAGCGAGAGCGGCCUGAGCAGCCUGUACUCGCCCCCGUCGCCCAUCGGCACCAAGAGCAGCCCUGUGAACUCUGCUGUGAAACCACGAGUGCCAUCAGGAAGACACGUCACAGCAGACGUCAGCGCUCGAGGUGUGACGCAGCAGGAGAAGAGUCUGUCUGAUGGGAAUGUGAGUGUGAUCGGUCAGAGACUCGUUUACUCAAACAGAUCGUUAGAUCCAGACGAGGAGAAGCCCAGCGACAUGACAUCAUCAUCAUCAUCACUGCAGAUCAGAGCCGCCGGCCGCGAGCCGCUCCGUGCUCUCAGACCCGCUAAAGGAUCUCAGCAGCGUGUGUCGUGCAGUCGUGACAUGUCGGAGGGCGUGAUCGGACGAGGUCAGUUCACCGCUGUUUUACUGUCAGCUGAUCUAAAGCACAGCCGCUCUCAUCCUCGCUCGUCUUCUUCCCUCAUGUCUGCAGGAGUGUUCGGUUCGGCUGUUCUGCCCAAUCGUCUCAGUGUGGCGUCUUCUCCUGAGCAGGGCGACUCGGCCGGUAAAAUCACCCGUGAGCUUCCAUCAGGCGUGUACGGACACGCCUUCACCAGCGCACUCCUCGAGUCUGACGCCAGUCCUGAACCAGAGGAGAGAGUCAGACUCUCUAGGUUUGCGAGCGACAAGAUGCGUCAGCGGCGUCUGGAGCGGCAGGACACGCCCCCCGCUCAGGACCCAAUGAGACACCGCCUGCUCAUCGACGAUGUGAAAGACGGGAGUCUGAACGGUUGUGAGUGGCUCUCUGAUGAAUCUCCCUCCAGCCCGACUGGAUCGCAGAAUACAGUGAAAUGUCUAAGCCCCGCCCAUCAGCCCGCCCCCCCGACCGGCCCACCCAAUAGGAACGCAGCACCCCGACUGAGACGAGCGUCUAGUUUGAACCGCACCAGACCGCCUGCGUCACACAGCUCCGAUGAGCUGAUUCCUGUGAGUCUGAAGAAAGAGGGUCAGAAUCAGGCAGACCUGCGGCCGUUCUCUAAACCGGAGCUGGCGCUGACGCAGAGCUUCAGACUGAUCGCCUCAGACGACUGGGAGAAGAAGAUCGAGGGGAUGAACUUCCUGCGUAGUUUGGCUCAGUAUCAUCCUGACGUGCUCAUGAGCAGGAUUCAUGACGUGUGUCUCGCUCUCAUUCAGGAGGUUCGUAACCUGCGCUCCGGCGUGUCUCGUGUGGCUGUGGUGACGCUGGGAGAGAUGUUCGCGGUGCUGCAGAAGGGAAUGGAUCAGGAGCUGGAUGGGACGGUCAGAGCUCUGCUGCAGAAAGCCGGAGAAUGCAACGCCUUCAUCAGACAAGACGUGGAGCGAGCACUGGAGAGCAUGGUGCAGCACUGCACUCUCACACGCAGCAUGAACGCGCUGCUCGCCGGAGGACUCGGUCAUCUGAACUCAGUAGUGCGUAAGUGUGCGGCUCUGCAUCUCAGCGGUCUGGUGGAGCGGGUCGGAGCCGCUCGUCUGCUGUCUGGAGCUAAAGAUCUGACCGACCGCAUCCUACCAGCCGUCUGUAAGCUGGUGCAGGACUCGUCUCAGGAGGCCAGGUACUUUGGUCGACGCAUGCUGCUGUUUUUGUCCUCUCACCGUGACUUUGAUAAAAUGAUGGAGAAGUUUGUCUCUGCUAAAGACCUGCCGACCAUCAGAGACGCCGUCUUCACGCUCAAAAUCAAGGGCUUGGGGGAGAUGCCUCAGGACGCUCCGUCGGCGCGGGGCAGGCGCUCUCUCUCAGGCAGUGGGGUGAUGCGCACCUCGUCCCUCACGCGUGAUCCUCUGAGCGGCAGCAGGGACUGCGGUCAGGCGGGGAGUAAAGCGGCUGUCCACAGCCUCGCAGACCGGAGCGAGUACGUCAAACAGAUGAAGACACUGCUCAACUCCAAGGACUUCAGGGAGAGAAUCAAGGCCAUCGAUCAGCUGGUGUGCGACUGCGAGGAGAACCCGGCUCUGGUCAUCGGCAGCCUAUUCCCGGUGUUUGAUGCUCUGAAGGCUCGUCUGCAGGAGUCCAACAGUAAGGUGAGCCUGCGGGCUCUGGAGGCUCUUCAGCCCAUCAUCGCUCUGCUCAGAGACAGUCUGGCUCCAGUGCUCAACAUCCUGAUCCCCGCCGUCGUGGACAAUCACCUCAACUCCAAGAACAGCAGCAUCUCCACGGCGGCGCUGGGAGCCGUUCAGGCUCUGAUGCACAACAUCGACAACAGCCUCCUGCUGCAGCCCUUCUGCUCCAAAGCCCAGUAUCUGAGCGGGAAAGCCAAGCUGGACCUCAUCGAGAGAGUCGCCGAGCUGGUGACGGAGCUGUACCCGCGCAGACCGCAGCUGGUGGAGCAGAAGGUUCUCCCGCUCUUCUGGACGCUCCUCGGCUCCUCUUCUAACAGCGGGAACGUCCGGAUGGCCACCGCGAAGCUUGCCGAGGCGCUGCACGCACACAUGGGCCAGACGCUGCUGGAGAGCGCCGCUUCACAGCCUGCAAGCGUGCAGAGCGAGCUGAACCAGCUCCUGAGAGCCCUGCAGUGCCUGACUGAUGAGCUCACGCACGGCUGAAGAAACACUUUGCACUUUCAUGAGUCGCGUGCUGCAGCGCUACAGAACGUGAUCUUCAGAUGCACAAUCACUCCGAUGUUGUUCUGUAACGUGUGCUCUGAACAUUUCUACCAGACCUGUGUGUUUGUGCAGGAUUUACACCAGACUUUUCUACUGUAUAAUAGCGCAGUAUUAGCUGUACGGUGUAUAUGUUUUGCGAAUAUUGACGUCAUCAUGGCCUGUUUUAAGUGCGACCCGUCCUGGUUUUUUUGCAUGACCAAAUUAAUUGGGUUUUUAAAAAACGAGGAAAUUAGCAUUUUGAGCGAGAAGAUGCCUGUAUCCACUCUGGACGUGAACGCGUUGUGUUCCAGUGAAUGUGACGCUGUAAACCAGAGUAAAACUGUCCAGAUGUAGUCCUCAGUUUAGUGCCAGUCACUCCAGAACAGCCUUGAUGAGAUUUCACAUUAAAUUAUAUCCCAGAGACAGAGAUUUAUCUAUAUAAUAAAGUGUCUUAUUUCUGUAAA